AUGUUCGGGAAAACGAUCGGAGACUUCACUCUGGAGAAAUUGAGGGCCGAUCUCUUCGACUCUCAGUUCCUAGUUAAUCGGGAAGGCUACCAGGUGAUGUACUACAGAAGCGACUGCUCGAAAGCUAUGGUACUGGGAAAGUGCUCGUUCUGUCAGCUCAACAAUAUCUUCGGCUGGAGGAGGUACGGAGUGAAGCCGCCAGCGUUCACCAUGGUGUGGAACAGGUACGAUCGGAGCAGCGGCGAGGCGGUGGUCGAUUUGGAGGAAUUGGGGGAGAGGGCAAAGAGAAUGGGGAUGGCGGUGGAAGAACAGAGUAAAGAGUUGGGUGAUUGCAAAUCUAGGUUGAAGGAGAAGGAGGAGAUUCUGGAACACUACAAGAGGCUUUUGGAGGAGAGCAAAGAUGCGAUGAAUGAGAAGGAAUCGGCGAUGAAUCGAUUGAAGGAGGUGAUCGAGGACAGGGAUGGAGAGAUUCGGCGAUUGAAGUUGAGGUUAAAAGAGGCGGGUGGUAGUGGCGGCAAUGGAAUUGGGACAACCGGAGGUGACGAAGAAUUGAAAGCGAUUAGGGAUCGUUUGGUCGCUAAAGAGAAACAGGUGGAUGAUUUCAAGGAGGCUGUCAAAUGCUUUUUCAGGACGUAG